AUGAACCCCUUUGUGCCGGUGGCCCAGGUUCGCCAGGGCGUCGUGGACCGCCUGGUCGCCCUGAAUGACGUCGAGAAGCGCAGCAGGAGCCUCGAGCGCGUGAUGCGAAACAUCCACCAGCGCAUCGACCCGACGCAGCCCGCGGUCCAGGAACCCGAGGCCGAGACCACCCUGAAGGGCCUCGAAGACGACCUAAGCAGAGGUCGUCGGAGACUCGACGAGCUCAAAACCGCGGUCGAGAAGCGCACCGGUGAGAUCGACCGGUUCACCACUGCCCUCUCAGCCGACGCCACCAAGUCGGCCCUGCUGCAAGAGGUGUCCGACCCCGAGCUUGCCGACCGAGUGGCGCGCAUCGACAAAGACAUCCUGGCCUCGCUGCACCGAGUGCUCGCGGCCCAUAAAGGUAGCCUCCCUAGUGACGCGCAGGAGGAAGCCGAGGUGAUUCCGGCGUCGUUCCCCGACCCGAUGUCCUCGACGGCUUUAGAAGCUGCCAAAAACCUGCGCGACCUUAAGGAGGCGCACAAAUCCGAGGUUGCGAGGAACGAGCGGCUCGAGGAGGAGCUGCAGAAGACCCGAGCCGACAUCUCGGCCCUGCGCGACCAGCACAGCGCCGCCGAGGACGCGCUCAGGUCGGAGCAUGCCCACGAGAAGCACGAGCUCGAGCGCAGCCUCGCCGAACACGCCGAGCGCAUCAAGGUUCUCAUGGUCCAGGUGAACCAGGACGCCCAGAGGGCUGAGGACGCCGAAACCAAGAUCAUCGAGCUAGAGGAGCAGGCCCGGCGCAUGACCGACCAGGAGCUCGACAUGGGCGACCUGAGACUGGAGCUCGCCACGCUGGCCACAGAGAAGGCCAGGGUCGACAAGAAACUCGAGGCUGCCGAAAGAGCAGAGAAGAAGCUCGAGGUCGCCCAUGCAGAGGUCAGCCACCUCGAGAGACAGCUCGCAGAGGUCACCGAGCACCGCGACAGCCUGCGGUCGGUCAACACGGCUUACCUCAAGGUAUUUAAGGCUGUGGAGCAAGACCGCGACCGGCUCGAGACCGAGGGCCGAGAGACCAAAGAGAAGCUCGACAAGACCGCCGAGUGGUAUCACGACACCCUCCUCACGCUCAGCGCCAGGGAGGGCGUCAUCUUGCUGCUCGAACUGGAGCUUGAGCUCGCCCGCAGGCAGCGGGACACAGCCCGCGACGAGACCGGCGAGGCUCGUGAGGAGCGCGACGAGGCAUACAGUCUCGUCGACUCCUUUUCCACUGACAAGACCCGCCUGCAGGCGGACCUUGACAGGCUGAAGCAUAUCGCGCAGGGCCUCUGGGUGUCCAUCUCUCCGCUGUGGCCACUGCCCUUCGACGCGUGGAUGGACUUCGCCUCGACGAUCGCUGCAGCCCCCGAGAUCGCGCCCACCGGGGUCGGCGACCAAGAGCAGCCAUGGGUUGUGCUCCCCCCCCUACACGAGGACGACACGGACCAUCUCGAGUGCCCCGUCCCUGCGACCAUCGACGGCCUGACCCUGCUCCUCCAGGUCAUGCUCCAAGAGCAGCAUGCAGGGUCCUCGACGGCUCUGCGGUGCCUCGCCAGCCUCGUCCGCCUCGUGAGCCAGCACCGGGGGCCGCUCAGGGUCGACAUCCUCGGCACGCUGCUCGAGCACGUUGUGGUACUGCUCGCUCUGCCCGUUCCGCUCCCCCCCCCCGACCGCUCCUUGUCUGUCUCCCCCGUCCUGGCCUGGUGGACCCUCGCGCUCACGCUUGAGAGACUCUGGCCCGGUGAGCAGCUUAUUCAGUCAGCCCGAGAGGCGCUGGGCAUCUGGCUCGCCCAGGAGCCGCUCGCCGCCACCCUCAUCGCCGCCCUGACCGACGGCUCAAUGCCCACGUUCUUGUCAGAGCAUGCACAGAGCUUGCAGCCGCUCGGGCAGCCGGCGGCAAGCGCCGUGGUCAUGCUCCGCGCUGCCGCCUGGGAGGAGAUACUUGUGGUUGACACGCGAGCAUCGCAGCUUCGUAUGGUCGCGCGCGACAGCCUCAGGCUGCUCGGCACCAACUCCCUGGGACUGUCCAUGCAGUCCAUGCCGACAGGAAGCAGUGCAAUCCUGGAAAUUAGCAACGAGGAGCUUGUACGUCAUUUUGUAUUAUCGUAG